AUGAAGCAAGGGGCUUUGUCACUGGCCGUCCUGUCGGGCGCUGUCAGCACCGCGUGGGCAGCUCUGAAUGUGGAUUUUGGAUCUACAGAUUCGAUCAAAGCUGCAGCCAAAGAUGUGGCUUUCGACGCCCUGUCGUACUACAAGGGAAACGAGUCAGGCGAGAUUCCCGGGCUGCUUGGAGAUGAACCAUUUCUGGGUGGGAAAUACUACUGGUGGUCCGGCUCAGUUCAGUGGUCAACCUUGAUCGACUACUGGUAUUAUACCGGGGAUGAUUCGUACAACAGCGUCGUUUCCCAGGGUCUGCUCCACCAGCGCGGACCUAACAAUGACUUCAUGCCUCCCAAUGCCACUGCCUCCCUCUCCAAUGACGAUCAAGGCUUUUGGGGCAUUGCGGCCAUGCAGGCGGCCGAGUUGGACUUUCCAGCUUCUUCAAUCGAUUGGGCCAACUUGUCUCGCAACGUUUGGACUACCCAAGUCCGGCGCUUUCAGCAGGAAGAAAAGGAUGAAACCUGCGAUGGUGGUCUGCGCUGGCAAAUCCUGCCAACCAAUGUUGGAUUUGACUACAAGAACACCAUCAGCAAUGCCGCGUUCAUCAACCUCGGAGCCCGCCUGGGUCGCUGGACUGGCAAUGCCACUUAUGUUGAGUGGGCUGAUCGCGCGUGGACCUGGUUGACCGACAUUGGGUUCUUGACGGAAGACUUCAGCGCCUACGAUGGCGCCCAUGUCGGGGCCAACUGCACUGAUAUCAACAAGGCGGAGUUCUCUUACAGUGCUGGUCUUCUUCUUCAAAGUGCCGCGUUCCUUUAUAACCAGACCACGGGCGAUGACCAGAAGCGCUGGCGCGAUCGAGUCACCGGUCUUACCAAGACGAUCCUCGACAAGUUCUUUGAGGAGGGCUAUCAUUACGAAAUCGCUUGCGAAGGUCGUGAUGACGCUUGCACCCCCGACAUGCUCUUCUUCAAGGGCAUGGUCACUCGCAACCUUGCAUCAACGGUUCAGCUCGCUCCCUUCACCAAAGACGCCAUCUCCAAGGUUCUCAAGACCAACGCCGAGGCCGCAGUCAAGACUUGCACCGGUGGUGACAACAACCGCCAGUGCAGCUUCAGCUGGGCCAAGGGCAAGUUCGACAACGAGACUGACAUUCCUAGCCAGUUGAACACGCUGUCUGCUUUGACUGUGCUGCUGCAGGAUGAGGUCUCCCAGAAGGGCAUUGCCACCAAUGCCACUUCCAACCCCGACGGCGGCUCUGAUGGAGGAAACGGUUCUGGCUCUAACGGCAAUGGCAACGGUAACGGCAACGGACAGGGACAGAACGGCAAUGGCAAUGGAAAUGGUGAUGGUGGUUCCGCCGGUACUACGACUCGUGUGACCGUCGGUGUGCUGGUUGCUGGCUUGUUUGCUGCCCUGUUGUAA